AUGGGUAUUUCAAGAGACAGUCGUCAUAAAAGAUCAGCAACUGGUGCCAAAAGAGCCCAAUUCAGAAAGAAAAGAAAGUUCGAAUUAGGUAGACAAUCAGCUAAUACCAAAAUUGGACCAAAAAGAAUUCACUCAGUUAGAACCAGAGGAGGAAAUGAAAAAUUCAGAGCUUUAAGAAUUGAAACCGGGAAUUUCUCAUGGGCUUCUGAAGGUGUUUCAAGAAAAACAAGAAUUGCAGGUGUCGUUUACCAUCCAUCAAAUAAUGAAUUAGUCAGAACUAAUACUUUAACCAAAUCAGCAGUUGUUCAAAUUGAUGCUACUCCAUUCAGACAAUGGUAUGAAAAUCAUUAUGGAUCAACUUUAGGUAAAAAGAAACAUGCCCCAGUUGAAGUUUCAGAUGUCAAAAAAUCAAGAAAAUUAGAAAGAAAAUUAGCUGGUAGAUCAGGUGCUGCUGCUAUUGAACAAGCUGUUGAUUCACAAUUCGGUGCUGGUAGAUUAUAUGCUGUUAUUUCAUCAAGACCAGGUCAAUCAGGAAGAUGUGAUGGUUAUAUUUUAGAAGGUGAAGAAUUAGCUUUUUACUUAAGAAGAUUAACUGCUAAAAAAUAG